AUGCCAGAAUCUACUACUGCUAGUGCUCAUCACCACACCCACCCUCACGGGCCACAACAAUCCCAUAUUUCCUUAGACGUUGAAAAGAUGCAAGCCCCACCACAAGGUUUCUUUGACCGUGGUACUUCCAAGCCAUACAUUCAAGAUUUUGAAACUUAUAAGAAGAUGUAUGAUCAAUCCAUUAAGGAUCCAGCCACCUUUUUCGGUGAACAAGCUAAGGAAAACUUAGAUUGGUUUAGAGAUUUCGACUAUGCUCGUUUACCACUUGACCCAGCUAACGAUUUUAAGAAUGGUGACUUACCAGCUUGGUUUGUUAAUGGUCAAUUAAAUGCCUCAUACAACUGUGUUGAUAGAUGGGCAGCUAAGAACCCAGAUAAGCCAGCUAUUAUCUAUGAAGGUGACGAACCAGACACUGGUAGAAUUGUUACUUAUGGAGAAUUAUUGAAGCAAGUUUGUAAAAUGGCUCAAUGUUUAACCAAAUUAGGUGUUAAGAAGGGUGACUCUGUCGCUGUUUACUUACCAAUGAUUCCAGAAGCUGUUGUUACCUUAUUGGCUAUUGUCAGAAUUGGUGCUAUGCACUCUGUUGUUUUUGCUGGUUUCUCUUCUACUUCCUUGAAGGACAGAAUUUUGGAUGCUGAUUCCAGACUUGUUAUUACUGCUGAUGAAUCAAAGAGAGGUGGUAAGACUAUUGAAACUAAGAAGAUUGUUGACGAUGCCUUGAAGGAUUGUCCAGAUGUCAGAAAUGUCUUAGUUUUCAAGAGAACUGGUAAUGCCCAUGUUCCAUUUAAUGCUGGUAGAGAUUUAUGGUGGCACGAAGAAAUGGCCAAAUAUGGUAACUACUGUCCACCAGUCCCAGUUAACUCUGAAGACCCAAUGUUCUUAUUGUAUACUUCAGGUUCUACUGGUAAGCCAAAGGGUGUUCAACAUACUACUGCUGGUUACUUACUUGGUGCUGCUUUAACUUCGAAAUAUACUUUUGACAUUCACCCAGAAGAUGUCUUCUUUACUGCUGGUGAUAUUGGUUGGAUUACUGGUCACACUUAUGUCGUUUAUGGUCCAUUAUUACGUGGUGCCACUACUAUGGUCUUUGAAGGUACUCCAGCAUAUCCUAACUUCUCUAGAUACUGGGAAAUUGUUGACAAGCACAAGGUUAACCAAUUCUACGUUGCUCCAACUGCUUUGAGAUUAUUAAAGAGAGCUGGUACCAAGUAUAUUGAAAACUACGACUUAUCCUCAUUACGUGUAUUGGGUUCUGUCGGUGAACCAAUUGCUGCUGAAGUCUGGCAUUGGUAUAAUGACAACAUUGGUAGAGGUAAGUGUCAUAUUGUUGAUACUUAUUGGCAAACUGAAUCUGGUUCCCACUUGUUAACUCCAUUAGCAGGUAUUACCCCAACUAAGCCUGGUUCUGCUUCCUUACCAUUCUUUGGUAUUGAUGCUAGAAUCUUGGACCCAACUUCUGGUGAAACUUUGACUGCUAAUGAUGUUGAAGGUGUUUUAUGUAUCAAGAAUGCUUGGCCAUCUAUUGCUAGAAGUAUCUUUAAUGAUUACAAUAGAUUUAUUGAUACUUACUUGAGACCAUACCAAGACCACUACUUCUCCGGUGAUGGUGCUGCAAGAGAUAACGAUGGUUUCUUCUGGAUCUUAGGUCGUGUUGAUGACGUUGUCAAUGUUUCUGGUCACAGAUUAUCUACUGCUGAAAUUGAAGCUGCCUUGAUUGAACAUGACUUGGUUGGUGAAUCUGCCGUUGUUGGUUUUGCUGACGACUUGACUGGUCAAGCCGUUGCUGCCUAUGUUUCCUUGAAGAAGGAUCAAGUCCAUGAAGAUCUCGAAACUAUCAAGAAGGAAUUGAUUAUGACAGUUAGAAAGGAAAUUGGUCCAUUUGCUGCUCCAAAGGUUAUUCACUUGGUUGAUGAUUUACCAAAGACUAGAUCUGGUAAGAUUAUGAGAAGAAUUUUGAGAAAGGUUUUGGCUGGUGAAGAAGAUCAGUUAGGUGAUAUUUCCACAUUAUCUAAUCCAGAUGCUGUUUCUCAAAUUAUUAAUGUUGUUAAAGCAGCUAGAUCUUAG